AUUGGCACAGCAAAUGCAAGCGAUCCGUUUGUUUUGGUAGGUGCUACAGUGCUAGGUCAUUGCCAGGUGGAUAUUCAUUGGAUACAUUAUUAAUUUUUGGUUGGUUUGCUCAGUUAAUGCUUGGAUUGAUUUAGUGUUCGUUGAGCGAAGAGGGAGUUAUGUGAUGCUUGAUGUCUAGAAUCGGUGCAUGAUGUAAUGCACCGUUGCACAAUUCCGUAUUGCUUUAUGAAUGUUUAAUUACUGCAUCGAAUUAUCUGUUAAUGCAAAGACAUGGCUACGGCAUUGAAUGAAGAGUUGGUACGGAAUAUAACAACAAAUGUGACUGUACCGCUUGUUUUUCGUCAAUUUGUUAGUAACUGGUCGAUAAGCCAGUGGAAUGUGGAGAAGUGGUCGACUGUGUUUGGUGAUAGAGAAAUACCAUUUAGAUGUAUGCGAAAAGAUUUUAUAUCUGAUGAGCCCUGUUGGGAGCGAAAAUGUAAGGUUAAAAAACUGACAUUUAAGAAUUUUAUUAAUAAUUUGGCUGCAAGUAAAGAGUGGAUGUAUUUUGAUUACAAAUAUCUACAUCAAUGGUUUGAUGCAGACAGUGAAUUGUGUAAGGAAUUAUCAUGGAAACAGUUUGGAUAUGACAAAGGAGCUGCCGAUACAACCCUAUGGAUGGGAAGUGAGGGUUCACAUACUCCUGCACACCAGGAUACUUAUGGCUACAACAUAAUUGCUCAAGUACAUGGAAAAAAACGGUGGAUUCUAUUUCCACCUGAGACAGGUGGCCUAAAACCAACAAGGGUACCCUAUGAAGAGUCCAGUGUAUACAGUGAAUUGAACUUCUUUUGUCCUCAUAGUUUGGAUGUAUUUAAUGGUUUAACUGGAGGGCGCAUGGUGGAACUGUCAGCCGGUGAUGCUCUCGUAGUGCCACGGGGCUGGUGGCAUUAUGUGCAGAACAUUGACCCUGUCAAUAUUACUCUUAAUAUGUGGCUGCCACAUGAAAAAGAUCCAUCGGCGCAUGUGUCCGAAGCACUCAUUAAAAUAUUUAUAGCACAAAUGUGUAAAGAUUUGCCGUUGGAAACUGCUAAAAUGCUUGUUAAUCCAAAUGAGGAUGACAUUGUAGACACGCCACUUGCAGUACUAUUCCUCCAGUUGGAAACAGUAGCCAAUACGUAUAUGGAUAAGAAGAGAAGAGUGCGUCGUGUUAAGAGACAAAAGACGCGCGAUGACGACAGCCCGCUGCCGGAUUUGGAGGAGUUCGAUCUCAAGGGCUUAGUGGGUAACCCAGGGAAUAAUAUGGAAAUAGCACCCAGCAUAACGAGUGCGGAUCUCAUGAAUGUACUGAAGGAUAAUCUUAGUAAAUACGCGAAUACUGAGAGGGCGUUGGACGACGAUGAAUUAGACGGUGCCACGAGCAGCCUUUGUUUGACGAAGGCUGUCAUCGAUGCUUUUAGUCAGAAUGACGUCAUCGAUCUCGUUAAGCAUAAUUUACUAGCUCGAUUGAGCUAAAACUUACUUCGACGUAUUGACUUACGUGCUCCAAGAGCUAUUUUAUUAUAAGUACAGUUUUGAUUGAUAAUAUAUUUAAAUUCGUAAGGAAAAAAUAUGUAUACUAAUUAUUUUCUUUUAAACUAAUUCAAAAUUAUGUAUAAGGGCGGUAUUGCAAU